AUGGAGAACUUAUCCAUCACCGUGAGCUUUGAGAUGACCCUAGAUUCAUUUUCCUUCCCUCCAGGAGCCAAAUAUCCCAUAUUUUUCAUUGGCAUCUUCAUGUACCUAUUUGCCGUUGUUUGCAAUCUGACUCUGUUGUUUCUCAUUGUGCUGCAACAAGGCCUCCACAAGCCCAUGUAUUUUAUUAUGUUCAGCCUGCCUCUGAAUGAUCUUGUUGGCAUCACAUCCAUGUUCCCCAAGGUUCUGUCUGACAUUGUAACAGAAACCAAUUAUACAUACUAUCCUCUCUGUGUGUUUCAGGGUUUAAUGCUCCAUAUGAGUGGGAGCGCAUAUUUGUUCAUCCUUGCUGCAAUGGCUUUCGAUCGUUACAUUGCCAUUUGUAUGCCACUGCGAUACAAUGCUAUCAUGACACCGAAGGUUGUGUCAGGAAUUGUUGCUCUUUUUUGGAGCCUCAAUACUUUACUGAUCGUUGUGUUGUUUGCCUUGCAGGGACUGCAUUCUAGAUGCAGAUCUCACAUUGUAAAUGGGUUUUGUGAUAACGCCUCUCUUGUUAAGCUGUCCUGUAGCAACACUACAGUUAAUAACAUUUAUGGAUUAUUUAUAACUGCGGCAAUGGAGGUUUUUAGUCUUUCUAUUCAAGUGUUUUCUUAUGUGAAAAUUUUGAUCACAUGCUUGGCCACAGGCAGAUCUGAAGCAAAGAACAAGGCCAUCAACACCUGCGUCGCUCAACUAAUUAUCUUUAUCACUUUUGAAAUUGUCAUGAUUUUCUUUGUACUGUCACACAGGUUUGCAAAUGUCAAUUCAAAUCUGCAAAAGAUUAUGGGGCUGCUCAUUUUUUUAGUGCCUCCUAUUCUGAACCCAAUUGUUUACGGACUGUACAGCCAAGAAAUACGAAAACAUCUGCUAAAAGUCUUUAAAAGAAAAAUCUCAGUGUAA